GUUCCAAUCAUGGCAUAGAAGUUAUUCUCAAGCUGUGUUUGGGUGCGGGUGUCCAUAACGGACAUAACCUGUAGAGCCGACCGCUCCAGGUAUCCGGCGACAUCCCAGUCUGUCAUGACGUCUUCAAACCAGUCGAGACGUGAAUAACCGACGCGCUAGGGAAGCGGAAGUAAGAUGAGGGCGUGGCCCAGGUAUGACAGGAACUCGGUGCAGUCAACAAUGGUGCCGUGGGGUGCGUUUUCGCAGGUGAUGAAGCGCCUCUUAGCGUUUACAGCUUCUUGGUAUGUCCAUGCCUGGGUGACCCAGUCCUCCUUCUCAAGCAGGCCGAGGUGUGUCGGCAACAGAUCUCGUCUUUGGCGGAUCUGCUCGAUGGCAGGCUUGCUCGAAGCAAUCAAGGCUGGUACAUUUGGGGACCUGCGCAAGAUCGAAGUCGAUGACCCCAACUUCAAUGCGCCUCAGCAUUGAAUCCAUGUCGCCAUCACGAAUGUAGGCUUUGACAGACACCGUGACAUGUCAUCUUUAAGGAUAAUAUCGUCGGAAGAGGAAGAGGAUGACAGUCUGGGGAAACGACCUGGAAGAAUCUAGAAUCGAUGGAAGAUAUUCCCGAACAGACUAAGGUACGGAUCCGUACAUAGCACGAGGUGCUAUGAUGAGAUUAGGUACCCAAAGGUUUGCUACCUUCACAUUUCAGGCCGGCGAGCUUAUGAACAGCUCGACCCAAGCGAGUCCAGCACAGCUUGAUGCCCCCUGGCGCGGGCGCCCCUUCGCGUUUUCCCCACACCUCUGCUGGCGGCUGGUAGGCUCGGCC